CUUUCUUUUGUGCCGCGAUUCGAUCGAUCGUCACGACUGGGCGCAUUGUGAUUGUGAUCGAUUCUUCAGCAGGGAUUUCGGGAGCGCGCGGUCGCGGCGGCAUUGAUUUCUCCUUGCUCUGCCGCGAGCCGAGCUAUGAUCGUCCUGAUAUGGCUCCUGCUGUGCAUCACCGCCGGGGCCGUGUGCGUGAUGGAAAAGCUCCAGGAAUCGAGCAAGACGCGGUGCUGGAAGGAGGAUCUUCGAUGCCUGGCCACAAUGUGGUUUGGGAGGAUCAAGGGGGAAUCGCACAAGCAGCGCCUCGAUUCCUUCUACAGCUCCCAGGCCAAUGCAUAUGAUCACUUCCGCGCGGGAUUCCUCCACGGCCGCGAGCAGAUGCUGGCUUCUUGCGCGGCGCGCCUCCGCGGAUCAUCCGACCUCGUCUGGGUUGACUUGGGCGGCGGCACUGCUGAGAACGUCAAGAUGAUGUCCAAGUACAUGGACCUGAGCUCGUUCCGGAAGAUCUACGUCGUGGAUCUUUGCUCGGCGCUGUGCAACGUGGCGGCGGCAAAGUCCAAAAGAUUUGGUUGGAGUAACGUCGACGUGAUUGAGGGCGACGCAUGCGAGUUCCAGCCCCGAGGCCAGGCCGCGACACUUGUGACCUUCUCCUAUUCAUUGUCAAUGAUCCCACCAUUCAUGAAAGUGGUGGACAAGGCGUUGACUUAUCUCGCGGAUGACGGGAUCAUGGGUGUGACAGAUUUUUACACCUCCGCCAAGUAUGAUAAGCCCAACCGUCAGCAUUCGUGGCUUAACCGCUGGUUUUGGAGAUCCGUGUUUGACUUGGAUGGCAUUGACUUGGGGCCGGAGCGCAGAACCUACCUGGAACACAAGCUCGAACCAGUUUGUGAGUUUAAUGGCAGUGGGAGAAUUCCUUAUGUCCCAGUGUUGGAGGCUCCCUACUACAUCUGGAUUGGUCGAAAAAUCGGACGCCAUGAUCAAAACUUGCAGCGGUUUCCGAUAAGGGCCUCGGAUGAUUUGGAAGCCAAACGUCCAAGCUCGUUCCCUCCAACAUUUCUGUACUCCUUGUCGUGGGAAGAUCCUCGUGAAGAUGAGAAGGUUUUGGACAUUAAUCCAUCAGACGUUGUCUUGACACUUACUUCUGGAGGGUGCAAUGCUCUGGAUUUAGUCCUUCAAGGUGCGAAACAAGUGGUUGCUGUUGAUAUGAAUCCUGCUCAAAGCUACCUUCUUGAACUUAAGCGUCUGGCAACAACGAGGCUUUCUUUUGAGGAUGCCUGGAAAAUGUUUGGAGAGGGCGUACAUCCAACCUUCGAAAGUUUGCUGGAAAAGGAACUCGUUCCCUUUCUUAGCCAGGGGGCUGUGAAUUUCUGGAGAAAAAAAGCCAGGUACUUCAAGGAUGGAUUGUACUACCACGGUGGUAUGGGUCGACUCAUUCGAGCAGUAAGGGCGCUUGCAAGGCUUACACGAAAGGAGCGCUUCAUCGAGUCUCUUGUUAAUGCGCCCACGCUACAACAACAAAGAGAGCUCUGGUUCGCUUGUGUAGGAAACUGGCUAUCACAAGCUGGGAUUUUUGCGAAGAUGGUAUCUUUCUUCGUGACCAACAGAUUCACGAUGUGGUUUUGUGCUGGAGUGUGCAAAGGCCAGCUUCGUCUGCUACGCAAGGAGGGCAACUUAUACAACUACAUUGUCCGCUGUCUAAAUUCAACAGCUGCGUAUUCACAUCUCCGGGACAGCAACUACUUUUACCGCUGCUGCCUGACUGGGAAGUUUUCAUCCAACUGCUGUCCUCGUUUCCUGGAAAAGGAAAACUUCCACAAACUCAAGACAAGCCUUGCUGCGGAGGAGUGCCUGUUGAUCCGGACAGCCACAUUUGUGGAGGAGCUUUCGAAGCGAAUGUACACCAAGGUGAUUUUGAUGGACCACGUCGACUGGCUAGAACAAAGCGACGUCGAUGUCCUUUGCAAAGCGCUGCAAGCACAUGUAAUUCCUGGAGGCCGCGUGAUCUGGCGCAGUGCGUCGCGAUCUCCAAGCUACGCCAAUUGCAUCGAGAAAUCUGGAUUCAAAGUGAUCCAAGUAGCAACGAGCAAGGCUUACAUGGACAGAGUAAACAUGUACGCGAGCUUCUUCGUGGCUGUUCGCGUGGGUGGAUUGGCAUCCAUCAAAAUUCCAAUCCAUCCAUCAUCGAGGCUUCACGAUCACAAGCUGGAUCCUAAAGAACCCGAGUCGCCGGACUCGGUGCUACCAGCGCCAUUGUGGAUCGAGAUUUGAUCGAUCAUUCCUUCCUCUUCUCCACUGACGUCUAUCGAUUCUUUAUAUAUAAUUGGAACAUAACCAUUGUUAAUCAGCCCAAGGAAUAUAUUUGGCCCAAACCAUAUAAAUUGACUAUC